UGAAUUCACCGCGGCAGUGUCUCCAACCAAGUUCUGAUGCGUCAGACGUCAGAUUCGGUUGGACAGAGUUAAGAAGAGUUAGGCGUCAAGUUCGUGGAAGUUUGACGUUUUCAGACUAUCUUCUGGAUACUAUAAGACGAGGUUUGCUUUUCAACUGAGUUCAAGUUGUCGAGUCUACCAGGAUGACAAGUUAUGAGUACUUGACAGGGAACAGCUCACUAAGGUGUCGGAGUAAGUUAGAGCCCUUCCCUCCUCCGUGGAAGCCGCAAAGAAGAGGAAAUGACAGACAGCAAAGAUUCGUUCUGGACAGCAUCUGGGCCCAGUUCCAGCGGAGGAGAACUCGGCCCGCCAUGUCUAAGUACGACUCACUCCUUCACCCUGACGCGCAGGCCUACUUCCGCUCACCUAUCGUCAGAGAUGUCUUGAAGAAAACCCUUAAACAGGUUCAGGCCAGUGACAUGGACGAAGCUGAGAAGUCUGCUGUGAUACAGAAGAUGUUGAUGGCAAGCGGACCGAAAGGCUCCAGACUCCUGCAGCAAAGCGUCGUGGUGGACAACCUGUCUGAGGUUCCCGGGUGGCCGUCCCACCCCGACCUGCACUAUGACCCCAGGAAGGACCAAAAGGCCAAGGGUUACUUCACUCUGCGGGGGGUCCAGGACCACAUCCAGCUCACCUGUUCUCUACAUCCGGGCGAGAGGGAGCUGCCGACGAAGAUGGCCCGGCGGUCUGGAGGGUUCGUUCCCGAACGCACGGCGGAGGAACUGCAGCGGUUGGAGCAAGGCUUCGUCCUGGACAGCAUAGCCGUCAGCAAUAUCUCCAAGGACUACUCCAAGGCUCAGCCUAAACUUGGGCCCGCCAUCCCGCCUUACAACUCGCAAAAGGACAAGAAUGCGGACAGCUACUUCAAGUUCCAGUGGGCGCCCACCGUUCUGAAGAGAAGCAAACAGGAUAAGGGCGGUACUUCUAUCGAGGGACCAGUGAUAGACCGUUUCCAUACCUACGGCGGCGGGCACCAGUACCUGUCCAAGCGGAACCAGUUUGGCGCAGGUCACUCGAGAGAGCUGGUGGACGGACAUGCACAGUUCAUGUCGGACGUGAAGGCGAUGAACGGCUACCACGGUCCGUUCGGCUUCCGACGGAACACUCCCGAACUGCGCACACGGCCAUCCCCCUUCGGUCUGGACCCGCGCUCACCCACCCAAUGAACUUUUUUUUUCUGUUCCAACAUUUAUCACCAGACGUGGUGACCACCCAGUGAACUUUGCACACCUGUACAGUAGUCCUUUGUAUAUCUGUGACAGGCCUGCGAUAUAGGCACUCCAAACGGAGAUAUCUGUGACACUGGAUACGUGACUGGUCAAUGGGUGCAGAUAUGUGACAGCUCCGUACACACAUAUAUGUCACAGGUAUACAAAGGAAGCGACAUACCCUACCCACCUAGAAAAAGAAGUGUUUUCCUUGACUGCAAACACAGAAGCAAACAUUACCGUGACACGCAGCUAAGUUCGACAGUGAAUGACCUUGAUAGC